CAGCAUUAUACCCGCCACGCAUACUUGUGGCCACUUCAUAGAGAAGAGCUAUGGAGACGUGACCCGUUUUUCCAUAAAAUAACACCGGGACAGGCAGACAGACACAUCUUUUCAAAAUGAAAAAGCAUCCGAUGCAUAUGUUGGACCAUCCGUGAAUUUUUUUUAGAUGCUUCGGUGUACUGUUAAAACGGUGCAAGCCUACAAUAUGUACUGGGAUGGAUGAGGAAGAGCAGAACCGCUAUGUGGCCCAGCUGAAGGAGGAGUUUGACAGCUGUGACACCACAGGCACUGGUUACCUGGACAAGGAAGACUUGUCAUCCCUUUGUCACAAGCUGUCCCUGGAUGCUCACCUUCCCUUACUGUUGGACACCUUGCUAGGACCACACCACUAUGCUCGGGUGAAUUUUGAGGAGUUCAAAGAAGGCUUUGUAGCUGUGUUAUCAAGCUCUCUGGACUUCAGCACCUCAGAAGAGGAGAGCAGCUACCUGGAGCCAGUUGUUCCUGAGGAGGUGAAGCCCAAGUUUGUGAAGGGAACCAAGCGCUACGGCCGGCGGUCUCGUCCUGACAGGCCCGACUCUGAGCUCCCAGCUGAAUUGGAGGACUCUCCUCCUUUCAGGACAGAGCAGAAGGAGCUCUCUCCCUCUGGCGUAAGGAGGGCCAAACUCCGACGCUCCACUUCUCUGGAGAGUGUGGAGAGUCUCAAGUCAGAUGAGGAAACCGGAAGCCAUAAGGACACCAUCCAUCAAACCUUUGAGGCACAAGGGCAGCAGAAGCGAUGGAAGCGGGACAGUUCGGGGAGCCCACUCCAAUCCCCUGGGCCAGGGGCCGAGGUGUCAGACAGCCAGAUGAGGGCAGUAUGGGAGGAGCUUGGAGUAGGAGGAGGAGGCUUUCUGAACAGACAGGAACUCUCCCUGGUCUGUGACCACCUUGGCCUGCAGGACCUGAAUUCAGAGGAGUUGGACGCCCUCUUCAGGAAGUUGGACACUGACCUGGAUGGGAAGGUUAGCCUCAGGAAGUUCCAGAAGGGUAUUUUCAGAGAAAAGGGUGCCCCAGUUCCCACCUCCUCCACCCCCAUACGCCCCAACCCCCACAGCUCACUCCAGCAGGCCUUUGAGGAGCGGAUGGGGCGCUCCACCUCUCCCUCUCUCCUGUCUGCCACCGUGGGCCAGAGGCUGCUGACCAGGCUGGACGAUGGGUCGGGCUGCACCAGUCCAGAGAGGGUCAUCACCCUCUGGAAUGAGGAGGGAAUCCGGAACAGCAGGGACAUCCUACAGACUUUGGACUUUCCCCUGGAGGAGCGAGUCAGUCUGGCGGAGCUCACCCUGGCCCUGGACAAUGAGCUGCUGGUCAGUGGCAACGGCAUCCACCAGGCCGCUCUCAUCUCUUACAAGAACGAGAUCCAGUUCCUCCAGGUCCUUGCAGACCAGGCAUGUCAGGAAAGGGACAAGGUCAAGGCCGACCUGGAGUGGGCCGACAGGAGAAACCUCCAGCUGGUCAGAGAGGUGGAUGACAGGCACGCCACUAUUGAGUCACUGAAUGAAACCAAAAUCAAGGGUCUGGAGCAGGAGUUCCGGUAUAGGCUAACGGCCCUGCGCAGUGAAUCGGAGCAGGAGAGCGAGGUCUUGCUGCAGCAGGUGGAGCGUGAGCGGGCCAAGCUCGAAGAGGAAGUGGAGGUCUUACAUGCACAGGAUGCCAGUCUGCAGGAGGAAAUCUGUAAUGCCACCCAGGAGAACCACCGUUUGGAGGAGGAGGGCAGUGCUCUGAAGGGGAAGCUGUCAGAUGCAGAGAACACCAUCUCCAAGCUGCAGAGAGACCUGGACCAGCUCCUACUAGACAAGUUUGGGAGCCUGGAUCCGAACAAUACAGGACUGCUGAACCAGGAGGAGCGCGUCUCUGAGAUCAUCAAGGAGUACGAGCUGCAGUGCCGGGAGCUGCAGGACCGGAAUGACGAGUUGAACUCUGAGGUGGAGAUGUUAAGGAGUCAGGGGAUGGGGAGGCGACCCAGACGGGCAAGAGACACGUCCACACACGCGUGGUCCAGCCGACGAUCACUGACCACUGAGUCUGACUCUGAUGACCCUGAGAUGAAAAUAGGCGUAUCUCCCAUGGCUAUCAAAAAGCUACAAGUGGCCAAUAAGAAUGGCCUGGGUUGUCUGGAGAGUCUGCCAGGUCCGGUUGUGAGCAUUGAGACAGAGAUGGCCAUGGAACAGUUUAAGGAGAGGCACAGCCAGGAGGUGCAGGACCUGAAGAUUGAGUUAGAGACCAAGGUGAACUUCUACGAGCGCAGCCUGGAGCUGAUGCGACAGAACAUGGAGGUGGAGAGGAAGGACAUCUCUUCGGGUUUCAAGCUGGAGAUCAGUGAGCUGGAGGAGCAGAAGGCCCAGGCUGAAGAGCAGGUUAAGAGGCUAAGGGAGGCAGUGGAGAAGCUGCAGACCGAGUUACAAAGCUGCUCCAGGGGCCUGAGAGGGCCAGGCUGGGGCGCUGACCAGGAGAGAAGGGCCCAGCGCGAACAGGCUGAGCUGGAGCAGAACUAUGCCCGGGAGAUCAGUAACCUGGUCCAAAGACUGACCUCUGAGAAAGACCAGCUAGAGGCUGAGCUGAAGCUCAAGAUGGACCAAGAGUUGCUGCUCAUAAGGGAAGAGGCAGAGCAGCAGGUGUCUCAGAUGAAGACUCAGCAAGGCGAGGCCCAGCGCAGCUUCACGCACCAGCUACGCUGUGAGCGCCUGCGGCUGGAACUGGAGCAGGAGAGGCACAGGGAGAGACUCCACAGUACAGAGAAGGCGGUUGAGGAGCAGGCCAGGAUCUGCAGCCAGUCCGCUGUGGAGAGGAAGAGGCUGGUGGAAGUGCACCAGGAGGAAGUCCAGCAGCUGAAAGAGCAUAUAGUCAGUCUGCAGGAGCAGGCAGAUCUGACCUCCGAUAGGGAGAAGUCACUUAUACAGCAUUGUCAGUUAGAGGUGAAACUAGAGCACUAUCAAACACAGUGCAGUCAGUUAGAGGCUGAACUGGAAGAGACUUGCGAUCGGUGCAGUCAACUAGAGGCCAAACUGGAAGUGGUUUGUGCCCAGCUGGAGCUGGAGGAACGCACUGUGUGUCUGGAGUCUGAGGCUUUGACCGAGCGUCUGACCUCUGAACAGCAUGAUGUAGAGGAGGAACUGGGGUUGGUGAGGGAUAGAGAGCGAGAGAUCCUUAGUGAGGUGUCUCAGCUAAGAGAGGAGCUGCAUAGUCUACGGUCUGAAUAUAUGACACUUCUUCAGGACAAGGAAAUUAUGGCGGAGAACUGUAGCAGUUUGUCCAGCACCUUCCUACAACAGCAAGCUCAGCUGAGGGCCAAAGAGGAAGACACAGAUACCCUGAGGGGGGAGUUGGAGAGGGCACGGGAGGCUCUGAGAAAUGAAGUUGAACGAUGCUCAAGGCAGACUGCUGAGCUGGACUCCCAGAAGACGGACAGAGCGAAGCUGAUGGAGGAGCUGAGAAAACACAGAACAACUGUUGACCUUCUACAGUCAGAUCUUCACUGUGUCACUGAGGAGUUAAACCAGUGGAAGAGGGCAGAGAAGAGUCUAAAGGAAGCAUUGAUCCUGGAACAAACCCAGGUCAUGGAGAUCAAAUCCACCCUGGACCUGGAGAGGGAAGAGACUGGCUGUCUGGGCCAGGAGAACGCCCACUACAUCCGCCUGGCAGACCAACUCUCCAACCAGAUCGUAGAAAUGGAAACGGAAUCAUCCAAACUCCAAGACCACAUCCACCAGCUGAAAGCCCAACUGGGUGAAAUGUCCAACCUGGUUUCUGAUCUCAGGACCCAGCUAGAGGCCAAAUUCACAGAAGUAGACCACCUUGAAUCAGAUAUAAAGCAGACUGCAGGUCUGGUAGAGAUAGCGGAAGCCCUGUCCAAUAAGCACUAUAGGGAAGAGGAGCUGCUGAACACCCAGCUGGAGACCAAGGGGAGAGAGGUGUGCUCCCUCAGAGGAAAGGCUGGCAGCAGCACCACCGUCCAGCUGCAGCAGGCCCUGCUGUCCUCUCAGGCAGAGGUCCACAGGUUGGAGGAGGACUUUGAGUGGGAGAAGGGCAGGAUGAAGGAGCAGCUGGUGGAGAUGGAGAAGCUGGUCAUGGCUCUGGAGAUGGUGAUGGAUCCUACCAGUCCACACAGUUCUCAGUUAGAUGAGGUCAACUGUGAGAACAGUGCUCUGAAGGACAGACUGGCCAUGUUACAGCAGGAUGUCCAGAGAAUGGAGGAAGAGAUCGUCAAGAAGAAAAAGAAACUGGACGAGGUGGAGCAGGAACACGAGAAGAACAGGGAGAAGCAGGAGAGACUUCACAAAGAGAACGCCAAGUACCAGGAAGAGGUGCUGGACCUGAGAGCCCACAACCUGCAGCUGAGCGGCGUGAACGCUGAGCUUAGCUCCCGUCUCCGUGCCGACCAGGGGGCGGUCCAGAUGCUGACGGAGAGGCUGGCGCAGGUGUCCCGGGAGCAGGAGGAGGGGGCGGCCACAGCCAGGCAGCUCCAGGAGACCUCCACCCAGCAGGAGAGGGAGAGACUCCACCUGCAGGCAGCCUGGCGGCACGACAAGGAGCUGCUGGAGAGAGAACUCCACACCAUCAAGGAAAAGCUCCAGUGUUUAUCAGAGGUGGAGUCCUCACUGACCAGCCUGACCCUGAAGCACCAAUGGCUGGAGCAGGAUAAGGAGAGGCUGCUGAGGGAGGUGGAGGAGAGGACCCAGAAGGUUGAGAAGCUCCAAGAGUCUCUUCUCUCUGUGGACUCCCAGAUGGAGCUGCUUCGCUCCCAGCUCCAGGCAGUGGAUCAGGAGAAGACUGGCCAGACCCAGGAAGUAGCCAACCACCAGAGGAUGAUACAGGAUGCCCAGGACAAGGUAAAGGAGCUGGAGGCCAGCAUGGGCAGGCUAAGCAGGGAGAAGGAGCAGCUGCGUCUGGCCCAGAAACAACAUGAGGAGGAGGCCACUAUGGCCCUACAAAAGGAGUGCCAGAGCCUGCGCCUCCAAAACCAGGAGCUGCUCCACAGGGUGUAUCAGCUGCAGGGCCAGGAUGUGGAGGUUCAGAGUCUGACCGAGGAGUGCCUGACUCUAAAGAACAAACAGACACAGCUGGAGACUGCCAGGGCAGAGGCACAGGAUCAGGCACUGAUGGUGGACACAGCCUUGACACUAGCCCAGGCCCAGCAUGUCCGGGAGCUGCAGCAGUUGAGGGAGCAGGCAGGACUGGGUUCCAGGGAGCAGCUGGCACACUUUCAAGCCCAGCUGGCAGAUGAGAAACGCAGGGGGAAGAAGCUGCAGCAGACCCUCCGCACACAGGCCCAGCAAGCCAGCACCCAGAUAGGUCUGCAGCAGGAGCAAUAUGAGAAGGUGAUAGUGAACAUGCAGGAGGGGAUGGAGGGGGUGGAGACCAAGCUGAGGAGUGUGCGCAAGAUGCUACAGGAGAAGGUCAACCAGCUGAAGGAGCAGCUGACGAAGAAUGCCAAGUCAGACAUCAUGCUGAAGGACCUGUAUGUGGAGAACUCCCAGCUGAUGAAGGCACUGCAGGUCACUGAGCAGCGACAGAAGAGUGCAGAGAAAAAUAACUUUGUCUUAGAGGAGAAGAUUACAGCCCUCAACAAGCUCCUUCGUAAGAUCGCCCCUGCCUCCCUCUCUGCGUAGCAGUUCCCUGCUACUCAGAACAACGCUACUCCCCAAAAGACAUUGACAACUGUGAAAGACCUCUUAAGUUUCCUUCCCUUAACCUUAUUAUUGGAUGACC